UUUCAUUCACCUCCUGAUCAAAGAUGGAUCUGCAAAUCUCAGUUUUUCUUCUAUUCAGUCUCUUCACUGCAGGACACUCUCUCAGCUGUUAUGAGUGUAUGAGUCUGACGGGUUCUUGUGCGAAUCAAAACGUAAAAACGUGUUCCAGUGGAUCUUCUAAAUGCAUGAGUUCAACGGCUGUAACACAAGUUGGUGACAUUAGAGCUAAAGUGAAGGCUAAAGAUUGUGCUGUUGGCUGUGUAAGUGGAUCCAUGAACCUCGGUGUUAUAAUGACAUCUUCAGUGUGCUGUAACACAGACCGGUGUAACGUCCAAGAUGCUCCAGAUCCCAGCACUAGCGCCUCCAAUGGAAUGAAAUGUUACUCUUGUGAUGGACAGAGCUGCUUAAAAAUAUUGAGCUGCACAGGGGGUGAAGACCGCUGUGUUAAAGCAACAGGGAAUUUUGGAGACCAGUCAAUAGUUGUAAAAGGCUGUGUCUCUAAAUCUAUUUGUGAUGCAGCAGCAUCAGUUGGUGAAGUUCAGGGCAUCUCAUGUUGUGAGGGGAACCUGUGUAACAGUGCUGAGAGUGUCACUCAGAGCUUCCUGUUCCUCUGCGGUUCUCUGCUCUCCUUCAUCCUGCUGCACUGAAUCCAGCAGCUCUUCACGUUCUACACUGAGACACACUGUACUGAAUAUAGAGCUUGCAUUUUCUCUGUAUAAUGUAUCCUUUGUGUCCUGAUAUUUUUUUGUCUGUGACAUUCUGAUGUUACAUUUUAUGAAAUAAAACAAUACACCAUGGGGUUAUAUUUAGCUUGUCACACUGUAAAAAAGUCAGAAAAAUAUACUAUACAAAUAAAAAUGUUUUAUAAGAAGAAACGUAUGAUAAUUACUUAUGUAAACAAGAAAAAAAAAUUUUUUUAGUAACAAUAUUUGGAUUCUCACUAUUUGGAAUCAUGUUCAGUUGUAGGUUAUAAAGGCAAUAAGCGAAAAAAAGUAGAUAUGAGAAGUAAUAUCUUGCAAAUACUUUUUUCCCAAUUCGAUGCAGGAUUUUCAGAAAGAUUGAAACUAAAACUCAGUGCUGUGCCGAUUAUAUUGGA